AUGACUGCAGAGAAGGCAUUCUCCCACACCCCGUCGCCCGGAAACAAGUUCUCUCCUAGUUGGGUCGAUGUACCACCCAUGCGCUUGCCGCAUCUCGAUUUUAUCUAUCGAAUCGUUUGCGAUAUGGAUCCUGACGUGUCUGAAAUACGCAAUGUGAAUAACACGGGUGUCACACGGCUGGUGCUACCCAUCUUGAGAGGAUCGGUGGAAGGGCCUCGGAUUAAGGGUAGCAUUGUGGAGAGGAGUGGUGCAGAUUGGGCGGAGCAGGUUAGUCCUGGCAAGGUCUUCUCCAGACUGAGUGCGAGAUAUACGCUCAAGACAAACGACGGGGUUCAUAUUCUUGUGAACGCGCAUGGUAUUUAUCGCAGUGGACCAGGGCAGACGGAGAAGAUGUCUUCCACCGUUUCUCAGGAUGAAGUGGAGUAUUUUACUCAUAUCAACUUUGAAGCACCAGGAGGGAGUUUGUACGACUGGAUGAAUGGAAUCCUAGCCGUUGGUGUGAUGACGAUGUUUGAAGGAAGGCCUGUCAUUGAUUGCUAUCGAUUGACUAACUUCCCCGGCAAACCUGCCGAGAGGCUUUGA